AUGAAACUUUUGGUCCUUCCGCAAUUGCUUCAUGGAGGUGAAGUACACUCCGUGGACAUUGACCUGUCAAGCAGAUAUGUUGCUACGACAGGAAAUGACACUGAUAUCUGUGUUUGGGACUACUCUCAGCUAACCAGUCUCGAAGGUGUUUCUGAGGAAGAAAUAUUGAAAAUUCAGCCCACACAAACAAUCAAAAUACACGAAGCUCCUGUUAGGGUAGCAAGAUGGUCGACAGUUCAGCCUGCGUACUUGGCCUCCGGUGAUGUGAACGGCUUUGUAUACCUCACCAACAUGACGGAUUUAUCACAUAAACUACUAUAUCCGUGGCCGCUGGCCAAAGAUAAAGAAGCCGAUGUUGCUGAUAUAUCAUGGUCUGCAGAUCUGAGAUUGUUAUCAUGGAGCACUAGUGAUGGUAAAGUCCAUAUAUACGAUCUUGUCAAGGAAACAUACCAAUCGCUCAACGAGACAACGGACGAUGGAAGCAAGGGAAAGACAAGCUCCCAAAAAAGCAUCGCAUUCAAUCACUCCAAUAGCAAUUUUGUCACCAUGGGUCUCGACACAUUCCUUCAUGUGUACCAAUAUCACUACGAUGCUUCGGACAAUUAUCAAUUCAAAUUGACCAACAAAAUCUCAAAACUCAUGAACAAUAAUCCAACAACCACGAUGGCAAUACACUACGAAAGAAUUUCGUGGUCGAGUGAUGAUGAAUUCUUCUCAGUGCCCUCGGCAAGCAAACAGCACACGUCACUUAUUUCACUCCUUUCGAGAUCUCAAGAUUGGGAACAUAAAGUAAGCCUUGUUGGUCAUGAUGUCGAUUGCGACGUAGUCAAGUUUAGCCCGCACAUAUUUCAGGCUAAAGAAGAGUCGAGUGAACCAGACGCUCAUAAUAUCUAUCAUAUCAUUGCAUCGGCUGGUUCUGACAAGACUUUAGCACUCUGGAAUACCACGAAAGAAUCACCCAUCGCCGUUCUUCGAGAAGUAUCUGAGAAGCCAAUAGUCGACAUCUGCUGGGACAGAAACGGCCAACAACUUAUUUUCGCUUCGCUCGAUGGUCAUCUCACCUUUGUCAAGUUUGAUCCUCUUGAAUUAGGAGAGCCCAUCACAGAAGAAAGACUUCAGAAACUCAAAGAUACACAGAAGGCCUUCAUCAAACCUUUUUCCGCAAAAGAUUCUGAAACUACAACCAAGCGUGGCCAAAAGUCUGGUUCCGAUUUGGUCGACCAAAAAGAUUCCAUAAAAUUAGCUGACGCAUUCGCUGAGCCGGUGAAAACCAAGUCGGAAAAAAAGACCAGUUCUGCGAAAAAGAAGGAGGAAAAAGAUGUCAACAUUGCCCCAGAAGUCCAGGGUGAUAUAACUCCAGAGGUUUUGCUGAGCAACACCCCUGGACAAAUCGAUGAUAUUAUGAGUACUGCAAUGGGCGACAGAACAAAGGCAUCUUCGGCAAACCCUUCAGCCAAGACAAAAACAACCGCAAAGGCUAAAACCGAGGCUUCAGCACCAACAAUUGCAAAUCAAAAAACAUCCACAAAGAAUGGGAAAAAGCGUAUACAGCCCAUGCUUAUAUCGAAUGGAAACGGACAGGCUGCUCAGUCAAGCACGCUCACUAAAAGCACAGGAGGCGAUAAUGAGUCGAGAGCAUCUACCAAGUCCUUAAUGGAAUUUGACAGACCAUCAUAUGGCGUUUCCCAGGAGAUUCAUAAAGACAGCAAAAGAAAUAGAAGUCAAGAGGAUGGAGGCCCUGCUAAAAAAGCUAGGCGUGACCUUGAACCCAUCAAAUUUGUGGGCACCGCUGUACUUAAUCCCAACACAGCUUUCGCCAAAGUGAGACUCUCAAUACCAAAAGUAAGGAUGUCUUUCCAAUUACCAUGCCGAACCGACGACAAGAUGCUUUUAGAUGUGAGAAAUGGACAAGGUAACGAGAAUGCCCCAUCGAGGAUCACCUGCUACAAAAAUGAGCUGCCUAUCUGGAGUGACUUUAUUCCUAGAUAUAUUCAACUUGCUACCGAGGGUAACAGUUUUUGGGCAGUUUGCACAGCAGACGGGCAAAUUAUCACUUACACCCAUGUUUCAGGCAAACGUUUUCUUCCACCAAUGGUUCUUGGGUCUCCAAUUGUCUUCUUAGAGAGCCAUGGAGACUACCUCAUGGCAGUGACAGGAAUUGGUGAAUUAUACGUCUGGGAUAUGGGUCAGAAAAAGAUACGACUUCACUCUCCUCUGUCGCUUGCAUCCAUUCUAGACUCUCAUAGCAAAUUUCGUGAGGAUACUUUGAGCAAGUCUGAAAAUAUCACAAUGUGUUCAAUCACUUCUAAAGGCAUACCUUUGGUGACCCUUUCUAAUGGUUCAGGCUAUUUGUUCAACUCCGAUAUGGGCGUCUGGCAGACAGUCACAGAGGCUUGGUGGGCAUUUGGCUCUCACUACUGGGAUUCCAUUGGCGACGAUAAGGUUUCAUCCGAACCCCAAGCUUCGAAGAUUUUACAGGCGGGCGACGAGUCCAUCUUAGGUCUCCUCGAGCAUAAGACCAACGAAGAAAUUAUUAGGAAGAGUCGUGUGGGAAGAGGAAAGUACUUCAACAAAAUCUCGAAAAAUUUGAUUAUGAAAGAAGGAUUUGAGAACCUUGAGAACACCAUUUCGUUAUCUCACAUGGAGAACCGUAUAUUGUGCAGCGAACUUCUCGGAGAGUUCAAGGACUUCCAUGACUUUUUAAUCACCUACUGCAAAAGAGUUUGCGAAUUAGGUCUCAAAGCAAAACUCUUUGAGCUCUGCGAGAAGCUUUUAGGUAAUGGAUCUAAGGAAAACCCAGUGGAAGAGUCGCAGGUAUGCGGCUACGACAGGAAAGAGCUACUCAAGGAGAUCAUCUUCGCAUGCGCACAAAACAGAGAUGCUCAGAGGGUUCUCCAAUAUUUCAGCAAGCAAUUAGGCUUAAUUGAGGACGAUUAUUAA